AUGCGAGACGGACUACCACCCUCCUACGAACACUCUAUACGGCCGACUAUCGCCGACUUGGCUAAAGACGCGCAAAUCUUAGAACUUGUCAACAUCGUAAAGAAUAAGGCGUCCGAGUCACCGUACACCUUGGCAAGUUUAUUAUCGGCCCUGAAGGCUAUGCUAGUAAAACCGUAUUUUCCAAAAACGAUCUUUGGCUCGGGUAAAACGGUCGCGUUCAUUUAUAAAGGACAAAAUUAUAUCGUGGAAUUUGUCAACUGUGCCAAGUCCACACCAGAGGAACAAGCACCAGUUGAUACUGAUAAUGAAAUGGAAGUAGACAAUAAAGUCUCAACUACAAAUUCUAAAGAGCAAAAUCUGACACAUUCCACUUUUCCGCCGCCAGAGCUAAUUAAACCUUCUAUCAGUGAUAUUAUAACGGACGACCAAUUCAUUAUUUUGGCAAAAGUCAUCAAUGACAAAGUCAAAGAAUCACCACGAAAAUUAGCAACCAUAUUGGCGGCGAUUCGAGCAGUGCUUGAUGACAUUGGAUUGAAAGGUUACUUUUUCCAAAAUAACAAAGUUAAAUUUUUCCAUGGGGACGGAUUACCGACAUCGCCAUUACGAGAAUAUGUAGUUGAAUUCGAUCUAGAUAUGCAACAUCAGCAAUCGCAUUUACAACAUCCAGCUUCACACUCGUCUAAUAGUAAUACCGGUACUAACACUAGUUCUUCUAGCAACAAUAAUCAAAGGCUUCCAUUUGUGAUACAUCCCGGAUUAACUGGUAAUUCUAUUUCUAAUAAUACAAAUGGAAAUGGAUUUGAUGGAUCAAUUUAUAAUAUUUCACAUGAAGCUGAUGAAGAUAUGGAUGAAUUAGCAAAAGACGAGAUACCUGCUGAAGAUCAUUCUCUCAAUAGCGACAUGUGGCGUCAUGCACAAAUUAAUCUACAGCAAUCUCACCAUCCUCAUCAUAAUACCCUCACUCCGAUCAACAAGAGAAAACGAGCUAGUAGUGCAAACUCAGAUGAAGACAAUUUCAUUCAUCAUACUGCACCUAAUGCGCAGUCUGCAAAGAAGAGAACGCCCGAGAAACAUAAAGCACCACCACUGAGUUGUGAGGCUGUCAAAAAACUUUUCAUAAAUAUCACGAAACCCACACUUGUUCAAAGACUUGAAGAAUCUAAAUCAUUGAUAGCUGCAAUUAAAGACACUUAUCAGUCAAUUCAAGCAUCGAACUCUUCAUCUGUGCCGACUUCUCCACGUUUGAAUUUAUUAUGUCAUCUUCUUCAAUCACCACCUACUUCCCGUAUUGAUGGCAUCUCUUCAAAAGUCUUUUCAAAUUUAGAGUUGUAUAAACUAUUUACAACAUAUAAUGCCUAUAAGGAUGAACUUGGACAGAAAAAUCAUUCAACCGAAGCAAAUAAUUCUUCAGUCAAGAGGAAUUCACUGGCAAACGAUCCAUCAUCCCCUCUUCCUUAUCCUACAUAUUCAUCGUUCAUUGAUCCAACGGUGACUCUGCAUAUAAAAGAACGAACGGGUGGCAAGGAGGUGGGCAAGCAUCGUCUUAAUUGUGCUUGGAGACUGAGUAUAUUAUGUGAAUUACUUGGUCAAGGAGUACUCUUAAUGACAAAAGAAUUAAGCGGGGCAAAAUUAGAGAGAAUUUUAGUGGAAGAAUUUACAAAAUUAAUUGAAUUUUUAAAGAACCCGGACAAUCACGAUUGGGUGGCAAGUGUUCGAGAAAAAUUAGACUUGGCUGGAUUUGAUGAAAUCAUUCGGGUGGAAUCUGUUCCAGAAUUUCUUGAUCCAUCGGUACAUUCCCAGCAAACGAAUCCUAAUGAAAUUGGACUAUCGAAUGACAUGGAGAUUAUUGUACCGUUCGAUAGAACAGAAGAUCAAACUGCAGUAAGACGUCUUAGCGUACAUAAUAAUAACAAUCAACAGCAGCAACAAAUGACUUGGAUGAAGUCUGACAGUAGAAGAUAUUAA